AUUUUGCGAAUAAUAUUGUUCACGGAUAUUCAGUAUUGUUAUGUGUUGACGAUUGAUUGCUUAAAUUUUUUAUCAGGAAACAACAAUAAGUAAAAAGAUAAGCGACAUAGAAGAUAUGUGCAUUAAAGUGAAGUGAAAACGUAAAGAGAAAGUCAAGUAGGAAAUAUAUCGUAUGCGAUAACAUCAGGAUAAUCCGGCAGUAGUUUGGGAAGUUGAUGCCCAUUAGGAAAUCACAUUUCAGAUUCAAGGCUGAACUGAUUCAGCAGAAAUGCCAAUGGAGCAAGUACCCGUUUUAGAAAUUGACGGUGUGAAAUUCCAUCAGCACACGUCGAUUUGCAGAUACAUUGCAAAUAAAUUCAAUCUUUGCGGCGCCAAUGGAGAAGAAUCUCUUGAAAUAGAUGCUAUUGUAAAUGAUAUUAACGACAUGCGUAUUGAAAUCGCAAAUUAUUAUAAAGAAGAGGAUCCGAAUUUCAAGACAAAAUUAGAACAAAAAUUGUUGGAAAAAUUGCCAUUUUUUUUGAACAAAUUUGAAUCUAGAGUUUUGGAGAAUAAUGGGUUUUUCUUUAAGAACGAAAUAUCAUGGGCAGACAUUUAUUACGCUGGAAUAACUGAAGUUAUGUCAAAUAUUUUGAAAAGAGAUAUUAAUGAAAAAUACUCAAAUUUGAAAAAAUUAACCGACAAUAUUCGCCGUAAUGAAAAAAUAAAGGCCUAUCUAGAUAAGCGCCCUACUACAGUUUUAUAAUUCGAAAAUUACUACAUGAGAAUUUAUUUUUUCAUUCGUAUUUGUACCUACUCAUUUUUAAAUUUUUAAGAGAUUAUAAUUUUUAUUUCUAUGGUUGUGGUACUGACUUGCUCGGUAAAUCACAAAUCAAUUUAUUCCGUUAAUAAAAAUAAUCAAUUGUUUUAACUGUUAAUUAUAGUAAAUGAAACCGCGUACUUGCAUUUUUAUUUUUAAUCAUCCUCUAUUGUUAUUUUUUACUAACAAUAAGUAUACCCAUGCCCAUACAUAUAUGACGAAUUUAAUUAUUUUACCGACGCACACGUCGUUUUCGCGGAGUUCGGUGGUGGGGAUGUGAUAGAUAUAUUUCAAAAGUCGCUGUUGGCUGCCCUGCUGUUUUAAAGAACCGCCAAGGCGCCAUGAAGGCCGUCAUUCGCAGUCCGCCAGUGCUUAUACUGCUGCAGCACAUUAGAGGCGAGCAGUUUCUUGAUUCCUGACUAUUAAAGCUGGCUUUUUCAAUAAAUCAAAAAUCAUGGAGGGUGAAAGUUGCUUUGUCACAUGUGCGACUGUUAUAGAAUGGACUAAUGCCCAAGGAUCGUCUACAAGAAAAGUAAAUUACCGUACAGCAACCUCUCGCCUGAUCCGAAACAGUUUUCGGCAUUUACUUGUUGAAGUUCGAGCAGAGAAAGCUAGUGGUGCUAUUAAAUUGCAUCUAAAAGAAUUUGCAGUAUUUAAUCGAUUUAUGAAUGAAGGAAAGGCUUCAAUCAAAUUUAAGUCAGAAAAUUGUACUCUCUACUUUUCUAAUGCACCAGUUGCACAACUCACAAACUUUUUGAAAACAAUUUUUGUUAAGAUGUCUAACAAGGACGAUGAUAGUCAUAAGCCUGUAAAGAAUCCCUUGAGAGAAAAAGUACUGGGUAAUCAAGGUGUUCAAGAUGUUAGUCCUGCAACAGUUGCUGAGUUGAAUAAAGCAAGAGAAAAGGCAUCUACAAUUUCAAGAGCAACUAUUACAACACCUUCUCCAACCAAUGUUAGAAAAAGAAAGCUUUCUGCUAGCAAUAGCACUUCUAAUACUCCAAAGAUUCCAAGAGCUAAGAAAUUGUUUAGUCAGCCAACAAUUGAUGAAAUGACAGAAGAACAAUCCAAAGUUUUAGAAUGUGUUUUGAAUGGAAAAAAUAUAUUUUUCACUGGCAGUGCUGGCACUGGUAAGUCAUUUCUUUUGAAGAGAAUUAUUGCUGCUCUUCCUCCAGAUGUGACAAUGGCUACAGCAAGUACUGGAGUCGCAGCUUGUCAUAUUGGUGGCAUAACUUUGCAUCAAUUUGCUGGAAUCGGCUUGGGAACUGGUACAAUCGAAAGAUGCAAGCAAAUGGUAUCAAAAUCAGCAGCUGGUACAAUUUGGAGGAAAACAAAACACUUAAUUAUUGACGAAAUUUCUAUGGUGGAUGGAGACUUUUUUGACAAAAUAGAGACUAUUGCUAGGUUUGUUAGAAAUAGUGAGAAACCUUUUGGAGGUAUUCAAUUAAUUUUAUGUGGAGACUUUUUUCAAUUACCACCUGUUAGUAGUAAAACUGAGCAAGCUAAAUUUUGUUUUCAAAGCGAUGCUUGGGCAAAAUGUGUUCAAUUAAACUUUGAACUCAAGACUGUUCAUCGUCAAACAGAUCCUAAAUUUAUCAAUAUUUUAAACAGAUUAAGGAUAGGACAAGUCACAGAUGAAAUAACAGAAAUUUUGAAAAAUACCUCUAGACAAAAAAUAGAAACUGAAGGUAUUCUGGCGACUCGUCUGUGUUCUCAUGUGAACGAAGCAAAUGAAAUAAAUGAAUCUCAAUUGAAUAAGUUAAGUGGAAUUUCUAAAGUUUAUGCAGCUCAAGAUUCAGAUCAAUCUAUGACUAAAGCUUUGGAUCAACAGUUGCCAGUACCAAAUAAACUUGUUCUAAAAGUGGGAGCACAAGUCAUGCUGUUAAAAAAUCUUAGCAUAAGUGGAGGACUUGUAAAUGGAGCAAGAGGAGUUGUAGUCAAAUUUGAAGAUGACAUGCCAGUAGUACACUUUCGUACUGGGGCCAAUUAUAAAGCAAAGAUGGAAAAAUGGAGCAUUAAAACUGCUGGAGGAGCCAUCAUCUACAGGAAGCAAUUGCCACUAAAGCUUGCGUGGGCUUUUUCCAUACACAAAAGUCAAGGUCUAACCUUGGAUUGUGUUGAAAUGAGUCUGGCAAGAGUAUUUGAUGCAGGACAAGCAUAUGUAGCAUUAUCAAGAGCCCAAAGUUUGCAAACUCUGAGAGUUUUAGAUUUCAGCGCUCAACAAGUGUGGGCAAACAAGGAGGUACUGAAUUUCUACAGGAGAUUCCGAAGACAAUUAGAACUAAUGGAGAUAGUUCCUUUAGGAAAAAAGCCUAAAUUUGGGUGACAGUAUAAGUGCCUUAGGUAAAUUUUUAAUUUUUGAAAGAAAUUGAUGAAUCUAACAAGUACAUACACAUGAAAUACAUUAUUUUAUAACAUUAUAGCUUAUAUAGAUAUUUUAGUUAAGUACCUGCAUCAAGAUCAAACAAUUUUUUUCUUUUGUUUAUAAAAUACUGUAUUUCACUGUAUAACUGCUCAAUUUCUCAUAAUGGAAACGUGCAGUAUUUUAGUUUAACUUUGAAAUUGUAAUUAUAGAUUUUUAAAAAUAUUUUUAUAAGCAGAAAGAAUUUUUAUAAAAAUAUUAUAGAUGGAGUUUAGUGCAUUGCUAUAACUGUUCUGCUAUGCUAGACCAUUUUUGUAAUUUUAUAACGUAAUUGUAGACAAACUCUAAUUAGGAAAUUAUAUAAUCUGAAGAAAAUAUAUAAUAAUUUAUUUCUUAAUUCCAAUAAAUAAAUACGAAU